UAGAUCUAAGAGUAUAUUGAGGGAAUUAUAUUUUUGAGGGAAUCAUAUUUUUUAAUGUUUUAUGCAUGUUCAGAAUUGAUAUUAAGUUUUUCAUAUUUUUGAUGUUUUAUGUUUGAUAUUGAUAUUAAGUUUUACUAUUUUCUUUACUGAUGAAAUGCUUUGUUUGAAAUAUGAGCCUAUUGCUUUGUUUGAAAUGUGAGCCUAUCGCUUAAGCUUCGCUUCUAGAGAAACGGGGUUUUUCCACAGAAGUAAGACGAGAGAUCUGAGCUCAUGGACAGCUGUGCUUUGGUACAGGAUGUGGUUUAACACCUGCAAGGAAUCAGCCGUAUCUCAGUCUGUGUAGGGGUGCAUGUGUGUUUUGUGUGUGUGUGUGUUUGCAGGCUACUGGCAGAUUCUAACUGGUUGAGAUGAGAUCUGAUGAUGGGAAGGCGAAUAAUGGAUUGGAGGCUCAUCGAGAGUGGGGAGGAGACAACCAAGAAUAAAAACUGUUGUUUUAUGAAUUGUACGGCAAUACUGGAGCGCCCAGUUUGCCUUUUCAUGGUGUCUCUUCAGUAUUCCUGGGCUCAGCAUUGUUGAUCUGAUCCUUCGUUUAUUAAACUUUGAUUUCUCGAUAAAGCUAAGUUUCCUGCGUCUACUUUCAAGCGAAUCCUGAACUCGGGGAGGGAAAAACCAUUUUCCUACAAUUUGGAGGGGGCACCCGGAUUCGCUCAGACGCUUCGUCGAGUUGGAGGACGAUCUCAAAUCAACCUCUGCGCAGAACUUCUAAUAAGGUAAGCAGUCACCUUUUUGAUAAAAGUACUGCAAGAUUGGAAUUACCAAAUUUAAGGUUGAUUGGGGAUUGAAUACCAACAUAAUCCAUAAAUAAUUUGAAUUAGAUCAACAAUGGCAAUUAAAAUGAGUUGACCCGGCGUGGUUACAAGGUUUAAAAACUCAUACUAUUAAUUGAUUAUUAACGAGUCGACCCGGCGUGGUUAAACAAAUUUAUAAAGACUCAGAAUUGGUUUAUUAUUGAGUUGACCCGGCGUGGUUAAACAAAUUUAUAAAAACUCAGAGUUGACCCGGCGUGGUUAACAAUUGGUUAUUAAAGGAGUUGACCCGGCGUGGUUAAACAAAUUUAUAAAAACUCCGAAUUGGUAUAUUAAACGAGUCGACCCGGCGUGGUUAAACAAAUUUAUAAAGACUCAGAAUUGGUUAUAUUAUAGAGUUGACCCGGCGUGGUUAAGCAAAUUUAUAAAAACUCUGAAUUGGUUAUUAAAGGAGUUGACCCGGCGCGGUUAAGAAAACUUAUAAAAACUCCGAAUUGGUAAUUAAACGAGUUGACCCGGCGUGGUUAAGAAAUAUUAUAAAAACUCGUAUCGUGUUUUCCUGGCAUGGUUGAGAAUUGAAGUUUACCCGGCGAGGUUAACUCACUCGUAAAAACACAUAAAAGAGAGUAAAAGGCAAAACGUUAAAGGGUGUAAAAUUGUGUUAAAGUGUCAAUUGUGUGCGGAUUCCUGAAUGAGCAUGUGUGUGAGUGAAUAACUCCGUAUUUGGGAGGUCAGAGUGCUGCGCACCUUCUCUGGACCGUCGCUUAAGUGUGACCCGGUAGGAACGGACGCAGCAUUCUGGGAGCUCAGAGAGGAGGGUGUGAUUGAUGAGCCCUAUAUUCAUAGGGACUGAGAGCAUGUAAAUAAAACAUCGAGUGAAUGAAGGAAUCAUAAUUAGAUGCUAAAGUGUUAUAUUACAAACCAAGAAAGGUGAAAAAUAUUCCUAAGUGGUGGGUGUGUAGAUUAUUAGGACAUAAGGAAGAUUGUGAAGUGUGUGACCCCAAUAGGGAGACAAAACCAUUAUUAAAAUGACAACAUAUAAAGAGACGUGGGAUGGUAUCUGUAAGCAGAUAAUACAUCACACCGAACCAAAAGACAGAAAGAAAAUAAGUAAAACAUUAGAAAGUCAGUGGACAUAUCUCUCAGGUCUAAAUGGCUGGACAGAGACAACUAAAAAUCAGGGAAAGUUACUGAACAUACUUUUGACAGAGGAGAAAAGGGCAGAUACAGAUUUGGUACUGGCCAGACAAAAUAGGGACAAAACUGGGGUUUGGAAGAAGGGAGCAGCAAACAGAGAAAUAGAAAAAGCAGAAGAUAGACUGAGACAAUGGAGCAGGGUAGCUGCAGCCAUGGUUACCAAAGUAAAAAGUGCUGUGUGGGCAGAUCAAAGGGACUCACCAGAGAGGCCCCCACCCUAUAGUAGUGCAGAAGAAAAAACCAAAACCCCCUCAGCACCAAUGCAGAUGCCAGUAAUGAUAGUAAAAGGGGGAGAAAUAGAAACUACUACUAAACAAGCUAACAAAGAUUUCAAGUUCAUGAUAAAACAGGGCGCUAUAGAGGUCGAAGAAACAGAGGAAGAUAAAAAACAAAGACAGUUGAAAACGGCCCUAAAAGAAGUUCAGACUAAGAUAGAAAUAGAGGAAGCAGUAAAACAGGAAAUAGCAAAGCAGUUUACCGCAAACAUUCAACUCGCAAGAGACAGUGUAAACCAAACAAUGUCGAGGGUAGCAGAAAUGGAGGAAGAGCUGAAGAGAAACCUCAACGAAGAAGAGGGAAGUGUAAGAUCUGAAGGGACCACAUCAGUAGGGGGUACCUGUGAGGACAGAAACAAGAUAAUAGUAUCAGGGUAUCAAUUGGAUGUAGACUGGGGAAGAGAGGCUGCAUUACAAAGAGAGCACAGAGCACAAGGUCCCGAGCUAGAUAGCUUGUCAGACAGAACUAAAAGAUGGGUGCAUGCAGAGGAGAAUAGGGAACAACAAAUGCCCUUGUUUAUGAAAAACUUACACAGCACCCCAAAAUUAGUGAUGCCACUAAUCAGGGCAGCUACAGGAAGGAAGGAAUACAAACCCUGGGGACAUACAGAUAUGAAUGCUGUGCUAAGUAAAUUACCAGAAAUUACUAAGGGAGGUCAGAGGUGGUUCACUAAACUGUUGACCCUGACCCAUGGGACAGACCUAGCACUGGGAGAUGUUAGAGCAUUAUGGGGAAGCAUACUAACUAGAACACAGGUAGAACUGAUAGAAAGGGAAGCUAACACGACCACAGAAGAAAAUGAAGAACCUUUAAACAGGUUCAGUACUGAAGUGGGAAGCGCCAUGAGGCGAAUUUACCCCACCCCAAAAUUGACUUAUCAAAGCAUAAAGUUCAAAAUAAUGACUGGAGAAUCUGCAUCAGCAUAUCUGCACAGGUGUGAGGCUGAGUGGGAAGAUAGGACAGGGGAAAAUCCAGACUCCUCUGACAUAUGUAAAGAAUUUUUCAGACAGGCUGUGAUUAAGGGUGUUCCUGCGAGCGCUGUAGCCGCCAUAGAAAAUAGUCCAGACAUGCAGGGGGGAGAAGGGGAGGUGUGGACUCGCCAUUUCAUCCACCACGUAGAACCAGUAUUAUUUCAGAUAGACAGAACAGAAAUAGUAAACGUCCGACAGUAUAAACUUCGACCAGAAGCUGUGGAGGGAAUAGGGGAAACCAUAGAAGAGUUAGAGGCUGCUGAGGUCCUACGCAGAACAGUGUCUGACUGGAACACCCCAAUCCUUCCUGUUUUGAAAAAGACAACUGGAAAAUACAGAAUGGUGCAUGAUUUAAGGCUAAUCAAUGAGAAAGUAUUGACUGCUACCUUACCCACCCCCAACCCCUAUACCAUCAUGUCUAAAUUGACACCAAAACAUUCUCAUUUUACGUGCAUAGACUUGGCUAAUGCAUUUUUCUGCAUGCCCCUGGCAGAACAAUGUCAAGACAUUUUUGCUUUUAGCUAUCAGGGAGCGCAAUAUACUUACAACAGACUACCACAAGGGUUUAUUUUAAGCCCAGGUCUGUUCAACCAAGCAUUAAGGGAGCUGUUGGACAGCUGUACUUUGCAUGAAGGUACCAUUGUUAUCCAGUAUGUUGAUGACUUGUUAUUGGCAGCACACUCCAACGAGGUCUGCCUGCAGGACACACGAAAAGUACUAACAUUACUAAGUACUGCAGGGUUAAAGGUGAGCAAAGAAAAAAUACAAAUCAGCAGGGCAACAGUGCACUUCCUUGGAAGAAUAAUUGGACAAACAGGCACGGCCCUAUCUGAUGACACCAAACAAACUGUGUUGUCACACCCAAAGCCACUAGUAGUAAAAGACAUGAUGUCAUUUCUGGGGUUGAUAGGGUAUAGCAGACAAUAUGUACCAAAUUACUCAGAAAGAACUGCAACAUUGAGGGCAUUGGCAAAAGAAGUUGGGAUGAAAAACAGUAGAGCACGACUAAACUGGACACAAGAGGCUGAAGCUGUUUUCUGUGGGCUUAAGGCUGAUUUAGCCACUGCAGCAGCCUUGCAGACUCCAAAUUAUGAAUUGCCUUUCUUUCUGGACGUUAGCACCACGGCCUCCACCACAAAUGGAGUGUUGUAUCAAAAACAACACCAGCAAAGGAGGGUUUUGCAUUAUUUGAGUGCACCCCUAGAUAAGAUAGAGCAAAAACAGCCCACUUGUGCUAGGUAUGCUGCUGGCCUGGCUAAAUUGAUAGAAAAAUCUGAGCACAUAGUCAUGGGACAUCCAUUACAUGUACUGACGUCACACUCUGUUAUAUCAUUCAUCACUUCAUCUGCAUUCACUUUUUCUGCACAGAGACAGAACAAGCUAUUGACCGCCCCACACAUCAUAUAUGAACACCAAGGGGUAAACAUGGCUCAUGCAGGAGAGGGUGAACCACAUGAAUGCAUCCCCAGGGCAGAGGCAGAGGAACAGAUCAGACCAGGUUUAAGUAGCAUUCCAUUAACUAAACCACAGCUAACUCUGUUCUGUGAUGGUUGCUGUUUUAAAACUGAUUCAGGCAAACUUGUAGCCAGUUACGCCAUCGUGGAACAGACUGACGACGGGUAUACAAUAAGGGAACAGCAGGUGUUGCAAGAUAGACCAUCAGCACAGCGAGCUGAGUUAUUGGCCCUUGUGAGAGCCUUGCACAUGGCCAAAGAUAAGACUGUAAAUAUUUAUUCAGACUCAGCAUAUGCAGUAGGGGCAGCUACAUCUGAACUGACUGGUUGGGCAAGAGUGGGGUUUGUAACAUCCUCUGGGAAGCCUAUAAAGCACGCACAAGAAGCCUCUGAUUUGUUAGAAUCAAUUAUGUUGCCACAAGAGGUAGCAAUAAUUAAAUGUGCAGCACACACCAAAGGAAAAGAUCCUGUUUCAUUAGGAAACGAGGCAGCAGACGCCGCUGCUAAAACAGUGGCAGGGUACAAACCAUUGCAAAUGACUGUGACUGCAGUUGACGAGCUGCAUCAAAUUGACGAACAUCUAACUACAAGUUUUCUAUCUAAAGAACAAAGUUUGGCUGCAGCUGAGGAAAUUUCAGUAUGGUUAGAAAAGGGAGGAAGAAAAGAUUCCCAGACAGGACUAUGGGUCGGUCCUACAGGUAGACCAAUUAUGCCUGCAAAUUUAGCAGGGAAAGUCCUGACAGAGGCCCACUCUCUGGCUCACAGCAGCGAGAAGGAUAUGACUAAACGAGUGUCUCAAUGGUGGCACCCUUUCAUGCCACACAUGAUAAGUGGAGUAAUAGCCUCUUGUCAAACAUGUGCAGAGUUCAAUGUCAAGCCAACCUCCAAACCCACUGCAGGGCAUUUCCCCACAGAUAGGGGUCCAGGGUGUACAGUAGUCAUGGACUUUACUGACAUGAUCACAAGAGUAAACGGAAAAAGGUAUCUGCUGGUCCUAGUAGACCAAUUCACUGGUUGGCCAGAAGCUUUCCCAUGCGCUAGGGAAGAUGCAGUUUCUGUGGUAAAAUGUUUGAUCAACCAAUACAUUCCAAGGCAUGGGUUCCCUCGUAUAAUCAGGUCAGACAAUGGCACUCAUUUCAAAAAUGAACAUCUGGCGGAUGUAGAAAAAUUGUUAGGUCUAAAACACCGGUAUGGAGCUGUAUACCACCCACAAAGUCAGGGAAAAGUGGAGCGCCUCAAUCUAACGCUAAAAAACAAACUGGCAAAAAUUUGUCACAGGUCCAAAUUGAAUUGGGUAGAUGCACUUCCCAUUGCACUAAUGUCAGUACGCUGUUCUAUUAAUCGAACUACAGGUUUUACUCCAUUUGAAUUGGCUACAGGAAGACAAUUCCCGGGCCCAUGGGCCCCCUUGCAUGCUGGAGACACUGACUCACCGCAAAUGUAUCAUGAUAAAGUAUGUGCUGUGAUUAACAUGUUUUCUCCGCAGAAAAAUUGGCCAACAGAGAGUGAAGCAUCUAGACCUGCAGAAAACACAACACUGUGGACAGGUCUUUGGCGGAUGUCAGAGUUGACCUCAGGAGAGGUCAAAGAGAGGGAGAAGGAGAAGGAGACACUGAGGAGCCAGAAAGAGAGGGAGAAGGCGGGGAAAGAAGCGGACAAACAGAAGCAGCCCCAGCCCCCAGAACACAGCUAAGCGCAACCCCUGUAUUUAAAAUCUUGCAACGAACUGGAGACUUGCUUCAGACACCAGAACACAUUCCCAUUGCACAUUGUAUAAGUGCUGAUUAUGCACUAGGAGCUGGGGUAGCUAAACAAAUUAGAGA